AUGCCUCUUUUAAGGAGAAAGCCUUUUGCGUUGGCCAAGCCCCCUGAGGAGUUGAAGCCAGACGAACUUGUCUACCAAAUUCGAUUUACGAAAGAAAUCUUUCGAGAUUAUACUGAUUAUUUGAAGCGAUUGAAUCUAUACCGCCAGAGGGUUUGGACGUGCAAAGUCACUGGAAAAACUGGCUUGACUUAUGAAGAGGCUAUGGUGUCUGAACAGCAUGCUACUGAGAAAGUUCAACAGUUUCCUAAAGAAUUAAUGACUACUGCUUUAGGGAUUAUUCAAUACAGUAUGCUCCCUUUGAAGGAUCUUGCUGAUUCUAUUGGUGAAAAAUUGCAGGAACGUUUGUUUGUGGGUGCUGAACUACAUGGGAAAAAGGAUGAUGCAGUACAUCCAUGCAGAAUAUUAAAAGUAAUUGAGAAAGGAGUUGACACAUUCUGUUAUGAGGUAGCUUGGCUUGACAAAAACAAGAAUAUAAGUGAUCAAGGAGAACUCAGUGCAGAACAUUUGGUGCAUAAGAAGCCACUUUUUAGUAGGAAUGUUUUGAAGUCUUUUAUUCGGGAGUCUACAUAUCGGAAUGCCCCUUGGGUUUUGCAUGAUGAACUAGCAAAAAAUCAUGGAAUAUCAACUGAUAUUCCUGAGGAAUUAAGAAGAAGGGUUUUUUACAGAGAUGGACUUUUAAUUUGCUCCAAGAAAAGGAAAAAUGAGGAAUCACGGGAAGAUGCUGGUAAUGGUAAAAGGAAAAAGUCGGAUGGGGCACAAGUCGAGGAUUCUUGCCAAGAGAAAGAAAAUGUUCAACACAAGAAUAAAGCUAUCAAAUACCCCAUUGAUGAUCUAUUGGUCAAGCCUAGUCCAGAUGAUCCUGUUUUCACUAAUCGUCCUUCUCCAUCAAAAGACUUCAAUAUUCCAAUGAGUUGUGUUGGGGAUCUCUUAAUGGUUUGGGAUAUGCUCAAUUCCUUUGGUAGACUGUUGCACCUGUUGCCCUACUCUCUGGAAGAUUUUGAAAAUGCAAUCUGCCACAAGGAUAGCAAUGUGGUUCUCCUUGUGGAAUCUCAUGCAGCACUUUUCCGACUUCUCAUCAAAGAUGAUGAUGAAUAUUCUUCAGCUUUGAAGAACCGAAAGCUGAAGUCUAAGAUUACAAUGAUUAAUUGGACAGAAUAUUUAUGCUAUUUCCUAGAGGUGAUCAAUAUUCCAGAACUGCGGUGCCAUGAAGCAACUAUAAAGCGUGGACAUUAUGGCCUUGUAGAUGUCAGUGCUAAAUUAGAAAUCUUGGGCGAAUUGGUCAAUCGAGCCCUUGAAACCACAAUUUUCAGGGAAAAGUUAGAAGAGAUUAUUGAACAGCGGCAGGCACUUAGAAGGGAAGAAGCAUUGGAAAAUGGUAGGAGGAGAAAAGAAGAAAAGGAGCGGUUGAAAGCUGAGUCAGAAAGCAAUGGAGUUGUGGAUGGGCAUCUGGAUGGUGCAAAAGUCCUAAGUAACGAUAAUCAUAGUAUACAAAAUGGAGACGUGGUAAUUGCGAUAGAACCAUCUGGGCAAAACAAUCCAUUGGAUAGAAGUGGGAUCAAGCCUUUAAAUCCUGCUUCAAAAAAGACACCUAAGAAGCUUAAUUCAGAGCCGAAAGAACCAACCAAAAAUGGAAAAGAAUUAUCCAGAAAGGAAUCACCAAAACAGUCGAAGGCUGAUAAGGAGGAUCCAUCAGAGAAGAAUAGUGAAGAACUGAGGAAAGAAUAUUAUGAACGGGAGAUGGAGAAACGAUUUGUUCGGAGAAGCCCAUUAGGUAAGGACAGAGAUUAUAAUAGGUAUUGGUGGUUUGGUCGUGAUGGGAGGAUAUUUGUUGAAAGCUGCGACUCCAAGGAGUGGGGAUACUACAGCAGUAAGGAAGAGCUCGAUGCAUUGAUGAGUUCACUGAAUUGCAAGGGUGAGCGGGAAAGGGCACUGCGAAAGCAACUAGAGAAAUAUUAUACCAAAAUAUGUUCAGAACUCCAGAAAAGGUCGAAGGAUUUGAUGCACAGGAUUAUAGAUGAGUCUGUGCUUCGAAGGUCUACUCGUGUUAGAGCUCCACCUAGGCAGAACCCUGCCAAUGCUUUCCUCAGAUAUGUUAACAAGUGGAAAGAAGAAUAG